AUGCCUAAUAAGCUAAUUAAGCAAGGGUAUAAGAUCUUCGCCCUAGCAGAGCGUGGCUAUAUUUGGACGUUUACAAGGAGUAGCCGUUUCUGGGGUAUCGUGGACCUUUCUCGCUGGCGUGAUAUCAGCCCUACCAGCUCUACGGUGCCGGAGAUGAUCCGCAGGCUUCCUGGGCUUAGCGGGGUUAUUAGCCAGGCCAGUAGCUACGCUUCCGGCCAAUCUUCUGACCAAACCUGUGCCCAAACCAGCGGUCAAACCAGCGGCUACAUCGAAUCUUAUACAUUUCUCGCAUCGGCUACUAGCCACGCUGCUAGCCACGCUACCAGCCAAUCCAGUAGCCAAUCCAGUGGCCAAUCCAGUGGCCAAACCACGCCCUACACGGUCUACAUGGGCAGUUACUUCUCUACGGUUGGCCUAUUCAAAGCGCUGCGAGAUAUACGAUGUGGCGCAUGUGGCACUACACGUAAAUCAAGCGGGAUUCCCUCUUACCUGGCCGAGCUUAAAGACCAUAUCAAAUCUAUCCCCUGGGGUAAAUUAUAUGCAUCUGAGGCUGAGGGGGUUCUCUGUCUCGUAUGGCAGGAUAAUAAUAUAACACUACUACUAUCUACUAUCCAUUGGCCAUAUCACUAUGUAAAGGCCGAGAGGAAGCGGCCAGCAGCUACCUCUACCAACGCAGCUAUCGCGCGUGCUCCCUUUGGUAAUAAUUUCAAGGAGGAAUUAAAUAUCCCUAAGGUUAUUAACGAUUAUAACCGUUAUAUGGAUGGUGCGGGUAUCGCAAAUCAGUAG